AAUUGGCAUUUGAAUUGUUCGAUCCCUUCGUCAAAUUGGCAUUUGAAUUGUUCGAUCAGUUGUCUAUCUGGGUAUGGGCACAGUCCAACGAGGCGGCAACACACACAGGUACGUGUGGGUGCUGUCAUGAUAUUGAUAUCUGUGCCGGACGAGGACGACAGCACCACAAAGACGACCAAGAUAUGACCGAGUUAGUUAUAAAUCUCUUGCUCUCUUCCUCCCAUAGCCGUAUCUGAUUGUGACCAACCCAUCGAUCUCUGUGAUCCUGUUGUUGGAGCUCCUGGUUUUUCACAUCAUGGAGGGAGCCAUCUCCAGCCCGUCAAUCACGAGGGUUGCCGUCGUCACCGGCGGGAAUAAGGGGAUCGGUUUCGAGGUGUGUCGGCAACUGGCAAGCGGCGGCGUGACGGUCGUUCUGACGGCCCGAGAUGAAACGAGGGGCAGGGAGGCCGUCGAGAAGCUCAAAGGGCUAGGGGUCACCGGCAUCGUCUUCCAUGAGCUAGAGAUCACCGACGCUUCGAAUAUUUCUACACUGGCUGACUUUCUGAAGAGCAGUUUUGGCAAGCUAGACAUUCUGGUGAAUAAUGCCGCAGUUGGUGGGGUUGAGUACGACCAAGAGCUCGAUACCAACGAGGAAAAGUUUGGUGGCAUGGAUUUCCACCAGAGAGUUGAAUGGAUGCUGAAGAACGCCCAGGAGCCCAUAGGCGCUGCAAAGAAGAGCGUGCAGACGAACUACUAUGGCACGAAGCAUGUAACCGAAGCCCUGCUGCCUCUGCUGCAAUCUUCCUCUGACGGAAGAAUAGUGAACGUCUCCUCUGAUUAUGGGCUGCUAAAGCAUAUCAGCAGCGAGGAGGUGAGGCAGGAGCUUAACGACAUCGAUAGUCUGACCGAGGAGAGGCUGGACGAAAUGCUGAAUAAGUUCAUCAAGGACUUCGAGGCUGGCGUUUUGGGGCCGCAAGGGUGGCCUACGAAGUUCUCGGCCUACAAAGUGGCCAAGGCCGCCAUGAACACGUACUCCAGAAUCUUGGCGAGGAGGCACCCGGCGGUGCGCGUCAACUGCGUGCACCCAGGCUUCGUCAAGACGGACAUGAGCAUGAGGUCGGGGGUGCUGACGCCAGAGGAGGGCGCUCGCAAUGUGGUGAAGGUGGCACUGCUGCCGAACGACGGGCCGACCGGCGCGUACUUCGCCAAGGGCGAGGAGGCGUCGUUCCUGUGA